ACCCUUAGAUUUUGAGCAACAAGGAAGGAAAUAGGGAUCGACAGAGGAGAAGAACAAGGAAAACAAAAACACAAAAACACAAACAAAAAAACGAAAAAAAGAGGAGAAGAGAAGCGAAAAGGCGAAGCUGUCUUUCUUCUCUUCUUUUCUUUUCUUAAUAUAAAAUCUUUCUUUGUUUUCCUCCAUCUUAACAUCACAAAAUAAGUGAAGUUACUAUAAAUUUUUAAUAAGGCGGUCCCUUUUAAUUCCAACAUUUGCUGCUGCUGGGUGUCAAUCAUGACUUCGAGCAAGUUUAGAAGAGCCUUGGGGGCAGUGAAGGACCAGACGAGUAUAGGCCUAGCUAAAGUUGGUAGCAGCACAUCUCUGGCGGACCUAGACGUGGCCAUUGUGAAAGCAUCGAGGCACGAAGAGUAUCCGACAGAGGAGAAAUACAUACGAGAGAUUCUGAGCUUGACAUGCUACUCGCGCGCCUACAUCAGCGCCUGCGUCAACACCAUCUCCAGGCGCCUCAACAAGACCAAGAACUGGAUCGUUGCCCUCAAAACCUUAAUGUUGGUCCAACGGCUGCUGUCCGAGGGCGACCCGGCUUAUGAACAGGAAAUAUUUUUCUCCACAAGGCGCGGCACUCGCUUCCUCAACAUGUCCGAUUUUCGGGACGCUUCCACGUCCAAUUCGUGGGACUACUCUGCGUUUGUGCGCACGUACGCCUUGUAUCUGGAUGAACGGCUUGAGUUCCGAAUGCAAAGCCGGCGCGGGAAACGUAGCGCCUUCGGAAUCGACGAAGAAGAGGAUCCUCAGGAGCCGCCCCAUAAUUAUGCUAACCAGCAGUCAUGUCCCAGAGCCACGCCUGUGCAUGAGAUGAAAGCUGAGAAGCUUUUUUCUAGGAUGCAGCAUGUGCAGCAGCUCCUUGAGCGCUUCUUAGCAUGUCGCCCAACAGGUGAAGCAAAGACCAACAGGGUAGUAAUAGUGGCGCUGUUCCCAAUAGUGAAAGAAAGCUUCCAGAUAUAUUAUGACAUAACAGAAAUAAUGGGCGUCUUAAUCGAUCGCUUCAUGGAGCUGGAGAUCCACGACUGUGCCAAGGUGUUCGAGAUAUUCUGCCGCAUCGGAAAGCAGUUUGAUGAGCUGGACACAUUCUACAGCUGGUGCAAAACCAUUGGCAUUGCUCGCUCCUCAGAGUAUCCCGAGGUUGAGAAGAUUACACCCAAGAAACUGGAGGUGAUGGAGGAGUACAUACGCGACAAGUCAGCCUUGGCGCAGGGCAGGAAGUCUGUCAAGGCUCUGCUGGAGCAACAGAAGAUUGAGGAGAUAGAUCAAGAAACUAAUCGGGACGACGACGAAGAAGAAGAAGAUAUGAAUGCCAUGAGGGCCUUGCCACCACCUGAAAGUUUUGUCGAGGAAAGCAAUAACAAGGAAAUAGAGCCAGUAAAGGAAGAAGAAACUAAGAAACCGCAACAAGAAGGGGACCUGUUGCACUUGGGAGACGACGCUGUGUCGAGCGAAGAGCAUGCUGACAAAUUGGCGUUGGCUUUGUUCAAUGGCGCUACUGCAGAGGCAAAAACACGCCUUCCAGCAUGGGAAGCCUUUGCUGAUGAAGCUGAUUGGGAGACGGCGUUGGUCCAGUCGUCCAGCCACUUGUCCCAUCAGAAGGCUUCCCUCGGAGGCGGCUUUGACGUUUUGUUGUUAGAUGGAAUGUACCAGCAAGCUGAGAUAUCAGCGGCGAUGGCUGGCCCAGGAUCUGGAGUGAGUGGAAGUGCGAGUAGUGUUGCAUUGGGGUCAGCAGGACUGCCUGCAAUGCUAGCAUUGCCUGCACCACCAUCAUCAUCAGAUCAUCAUGAGUCUAGUAAAUCAAACGUACACGUGGACCCGUUUGCUGCCUCGUUGGUGGUGCCGCCGCCUUCAUACGUGCAAAUGUCGGACCUGGAGAAGAAGCAGAAGCUGUUGGUGGAAGAACAGUUCAUGUGGCAGCAGUAUGCAAGAGAUGGGAUGCAAGGGCAGCUUGGAUUGACAAAGCUACAACAUAAUCCUCACAACAUCAACAUGGGAGGUUACACACACACCUACUGACGAUGACUUUAACUUAAUUAACACAUUGGUUGAGUUGUUAAUGGUCAUUAAUUAGGGUUUAACCAACCUCCAUGUGAAUUUGGACAUAUUGUUUUUUCCUCUUAUUUAGGUGAGGUUCAGUUCGGUAGCAUUUUAUGCUGGUAGGGCAAGUGAAAUAUGCAAAGGAUUAAGGUAAUCCAUGUAUCAUCGAAGUAUGAAAAGGGUACUAAAUGAUCCACAUUUAUAUUUAUAUGCAUAUGCAUAUAUAGAUGGCCCUCUUGGCAACCAUCGUUUUGAAAGCUAUCCUUGGAAACUAGAAUCAUUGUUUUCUGCACUCACAUCGGUCCGCAAUACACAUGUAUACAAAACACAAGUACAAGCAGACAUCUUAAGGCAACCGGCGAAGGGAGAAACUUGCCAACCACCUGUGUUAACAAAUCAGGCAGGUGACAUGGAAAUCCUGGCCGGACACUUGCAAAGUAUUGUGUAUGCGAAUCAGCAUGUUUCUUGCGACCCAAGAAUUCACAUACGCUUAUCUUUGAAGCCCUACCUACGAGUUCCAAACGACGUUGAUAGUCCACCUGUAAUCAUUUCAAUAUCAUCGAAAGUGUUGCUCUUGCUUCUGAUCUUACCAUCUUGGCGAGCAAAGAUCAAGGUCACCAAAAUAUGUUGACAUUAUGAAUUCCGCAUCGGAAAUUAAGUAGUCCAACUUGAAGCAUUGUGUAAUAGUUUAACAAAAACGAAGCUAUCUGAGCAAACAUUGAGAUUCAAA